GUGUGACUUUUAAACUCACCUGCAUUCACCUAAAGUCGUUGCGGGGCGAUAAUCAUGUUCUGCCAGUAGGGGGCAGCAGCGGCUUCGGGACCACCGGUGCUGUAAUACUUGUCCAGGAGAAGCAGACAGCGCCAGUAGAUUUCCAAACAAUCCGCUGUGUCCUCGGGCGUCACAAGGUGCAACCAUGUCGCUUAAACAGCUGCGGUCUGCGGACCUCAAGGCAUCCUGCCCACCAGCCUGCUCAUGUAAACAACACUGAAGAACGGCAUUUGGACGUUUCGUUGUAUAGCCACUGUCCUGUUUUAACAUUUUUAUUUGUUCACUAUGACGCAACCGGCGGAGAAAGUGUAUUACCGCUUUGUGGUGCUGUUCUUCAACUGCCUGCUGACAUUUGGCUCCUACUUCUGCUUCGACAUCCCGAGUGUGUUGCAGGAUCAGUUUCAAGGGAACCUGACAUGUUCCAAUGCAACAGUAAUCAAUGGCACAGUGGACUGUGUGGUGGGAUUGGGGAUGAACCUUCAGCAGUACAAUCUUCUUUAUGCCAUCUAUGCUUGGACGAAUGCAGUAGUGGUGAUCAUGGCUGGCUUCAUGAUUGACAAAUUAGGAAACCGCUUUGGAGCAUUCCUGUUCUCUUUUCUGUGUGUGUUGGGCUCGUCGCUCUUUGCACUGGGUUCCCACUUCAAAGGAACUCCCUAUCUGCUGCCGCUUAUGCUCACAGGACGACUAGUGUUUGGAUCAGGCAAUGGGUCUCUGACCAUUGUUCAGGACCGCAUCACAGCCUUCUGGUUCAAAGGGAACGAGCUGGCCUUGGCUUUCGGUCUGACCAUGGCUUUCUCUCGCCUGGGUUCAGUCAUGAACUUCUUCCUCACCCAAAAGUUUGAAGAGAAGUAUGGCAUGCAGUGGACACUCUGGGGUGGUGCACUACUAUGUGUGCUGGGCUUCGUGUCUGCCAUUCUAGUCAGUGCCCUGGACAAGAUCGGUAUGAGGCAGCUGGGUCUCGAUGGCACCAUCCAAGAGCAGUCCCGCAAAGUGAGGAUUCAGGAUGUGAAGCUCCUGUCGCUAAGAUACUGGCUGCUGGUUCUCACCAUCAUGUUCUUCUACAACGGCAUCUUCCCGUUCAUUGCUGAUGCCAGUAAGUUCAUUCAGGAUAAAUACAGCGGCUACACUCAGAAGGAGGCGGCCUAUGUCGCCGGGGCGGUGUAUGACAGCUCACUGGUCCUCUGCGCCUGCGUGGGCAUUCUCAUUGAUAAUGUAGGGCUGCGUGGCUUAUUUGCACUGGCCUGUGCCGUCCUCACGCUGCCUGUCUUUGGACUGCUGGCCUUCACCUUUGUGGCUCCUCUCGUGUCCACCAUUUGGCUGGGAAUCACUUACUCCUUUGCUGCUGCCAGCAUGUGGCCGUCUAUUCCCCUUGUGGUGCCUCAGGCCACUCUGGGAACAGCCAUGGGUCUGGCCACCUCCAUACAGAUGGUUGGAAUUGGGUUGUCAAAUCUUGUCGUUGGGCAGAUUUUGGGCACCAAGUCCAGUGAAACUAAGAUUCCGUUGUGGCGUUGGCAAAGGAUGAUGGUCUUCAUGUUGGCCAACACCAUCAGCUGCAUCGUCACCGCAGUGCUGCUCAACAUUGUUGACCGCAGACAGGGCGGGAUCCUGAACAAGACAACUAAGAGGACAGGCCUUGCCGAGAGAGACUCCGACAGAGAGCCGCUCCACCCGGAAGAGGAAGAGCAAAAUGAGGAUGAGGAGGACGAGGCGGUCCGAUCCCGUUCUGAAAACUCCUAAGUUUUGUUCAUAUUUUACUCAAGUUACAACAUUUCUCGUUUUUUAUAUUUGUAUUUUACAUGUAACACUUCAAAUGGGACUCCAUGUACUGCACACCUCCACCGAAAAUCACAUGACCUCUCCAUUCGGUGUCUGCGGUUGCUACUGCAGAUAAUCGAGCCGUUUAGUCUGAAUCAAUGAAUCCCUGUUAAACAGUAUUCUCAGUAACACAGGUAAAUAAAACGUCAAAGCGUCAGCUUUCAGCUGUACUGCCGUAACUGACUGUGUGAAGUUAAUUCAGGUCGCUUGAUAACAAAGGGAAUAUUUGACACCUUUUAUGUGGAUGGUAGAUGUAUUCAAUAAGCAACACAUUUCUGCGUGUGCUAUAUUGACUGAAAGCUGAGUUUGCUAACUCAGCUUUAGAUGGAAGAAGAAAUACUGUCAUUUGACCUGAUGAGGCUUUCUCAAUUAAUAUAGCACUCACUGAGGAAUGUAUUGCUUCAAUUAAACCACCAACACUGAUUGGGCAUCCACAUAAGAUGUUGGCAAUGAUGGCAAUGUUCCACAUGCACGUCAUCAAACUCUAAUGUCUGUUAAAAAGAAGAAGAUUUUACAGUGAAACAUUUGUACCUCUUAUCUGUUUGUUCAAUGUUUGAGAUUUCACAAUGUACUUGAAGAAGGGAAUUUGAACGUUUUCACAACAGUAAAAAUAAAAUGCUGUUCACUUUUUUUUGACAGUGCAA